AUGAAUGACACUGUGGCUUCCUCACAACUACAGUCAGAUUGCACAUGUGCGGCCGGAAUGCUGCGAGGCUUUUUGCGUGGCGAAGGUCCAGAUUCCGAGAAUCGCAUGCUGAUGGACAUCCUGCGAUGGGGCGACAUGGACAUGGAGCGGGUGCACAACUAUGUGCAGUGGAUCUUCCCCACUGACGAGGCCUCCAUGUUCAAUAUGGAUGCGCCUUUGAUGACGCCAGCCGUUCAAGAGAUUUGCCGGAAUGACCCCGUCAUCCAGCAGAACUUUGACCAUAUUUUGGCAAGGUUUUUGUCCUUUCUGGGAUUGCAGAUGGCCGAGAAUGACGGCAAGUUCAAGGUCUCCCGAGCGAAGCACUUCGACACCCGAGUGCCCGACUGUUGGUCCUCAAUGUUUGGAAUGGGCAGAAACCACAACUGGCUCCGCAUCUCCAGGGUGCUGCACUGCCUUGGCAUGAUCGGCAAAAAGGCUGAGCAACAAGCCCUGAUGCAGUUCCUGGAGACGAUGGUCUCGGACUUUCCUGACAUUCGAAGCGCUGUGCCCCAUUGGCGCGGACGUGCACAGGAAGGCUGA